AAAAUAAACAAUUUUUUCAAUAAUGCUUUUUCCUGACAACCCUCCCUAUAUAGAUAGAUUAGUGUAUACUAAUAUGGAUCUGUGUGUCUGUUCGAGAGAGAGAGAGAGAGAGAGAGAGAGAGAGAUGGCGUUGAAGAUUGGUCUAUGGGAUGUGGUGCCAUUUGCAGUGAUGGUGAUGGUAGAGUGCGCCGAAGUGGGCAUAACAACACUAAGCAAAGCAGCCAUGGUAAAAGGGAUGAGCCACUUCGUCUUCAUCGUCUAUUAUAAUGCACUUGGCACUCUCAUCCUUCUUCCUUCUUUCCUCCUCCGCAGAAACAAACGGCCUCCUCUCACCUUCUCCAUCCUCUGUAGAUUCUUCCUCCUGGCUCUCAUCGGGAUAUGCUUGAGACAGAUCUGUGCUUUCAGUGGAAUAAGCUUGAGUUCCCCGACUCUUGCAUCGGCGUUGGGAAAUCUAAUCCCAGCUUUUACUUUCGUGCUUGCAGUCAUUUUCAGGAUGGAAAGGGUAGAUUUGAGAAGGGGAAGCAGCAGAGCAAGAGUGAUGGGGACCAUAGCAUCUGUAGGAGGAGCAUUCAUAGUGACUUUAUACAAGGGCCCACCAGUUAUGAUGAUCAUCAAUAAGACAACCGCAGCAGCUUUGGACCCAUCUGUUCCCCACCUCCUGAAUCAUCACUACUUCUCAGAGCCAAGCUCAUCUAACUGGGUCCUUGGAGGCUUCUUCAUUGUACUCACUUGUAUCUUCUCUGCACUUUGGAAUAUACUUCAGACAACAAUGGUGAAGGAUUACAGAGACGAGACGACCGUUGUAUUUUUCUACUGCUUAUUUGGGACCAUCCAAUGUGCGGUGGUGUCUCUUUUCAUAGAAAGGGACAUUAGUACAUGGAUACUCAAAACUCGUAUAGAGUUAAUUGCUAUUCUCUACUCUGCUAUAAUCGGGGCAGCAGUGACAAGUGCAGUGCUUACAUGGUGCUUACGCAAGAAGGGGCCAAUAUAUGUGGCCAUGUACAAGCCCUUGGGUAUCGUUAUUGCUGUUAUCAUGGGUGUCAUCUUCCUUGGUGAUGUUCUUCAUAUUGGAAGUGUGAUCGGAGCAGUAGUCAUAGUUCUUGGGUUUUAUGCUGUGAUGUGGGGACAAGCUAAAGAGGAGAAAAUGGUUGUUGAUGAAAACAGAUCAUGUGGUGUUUCAAACUCGGGACCAUCUACUCUAAAGGACCCUCUCUUGCCAAGUUAGAUGGAAGCCUCGUAAGAGAAUUAUUUGUAUCUACCCAUUCAUCUCACUUUCUGAGAGCCCAACUCAUUCAGAGGAAGUUGACAGAAUAUGAGCCAUGAGGAAACAGCCUCCAUUCUUAAGGAGUGACCACCAGUGGAUGACUGGAUGGAAAGUUACCACUCCUUUGAUCCACAAUUCAUGAGGGUUUUUUGUUUGUUUGUUUAUUUAUUUAUUUUUUCCCAUAAUGUACACGAGUUUGAAUAUGUUUAAAAAAAACCAUAAGAUGGUAUAGCUUGGUGUUUUGUA